AAUAUUUAGAAGGACACAAGGAUCUCUACAAGGACGUCAUGAUGGACAAUCAGCCGCCCCUCACAUCACCGGAUGGAUCCAGUCAUGGGAACCCACCAGAGAGAGAUGUCCCCGUCCUCUGUAUUCCCAGGAUUCCACACAGGAAGGUCACACCAUCCCUCCCCAUCAUCAGAGUGGAAUCCUCGGGGAUGAUAAUAUUGAUGUUAAAGAAGAGUUAUAAAGUGGAGGAUGAGGAGGUAUGGAGUGAUGGAGGGAAUUUUUCAGAAGGACACAAGGAUAUGAUGGAGCCACCUAAUACCAGGUGAACCACCAGAGAGAAGUCCCCGUCCUCUGUAGAUUCCCGGGGGGUGGGAUUCCAACACAGGAAGUUAUACGGUCACACCACAUCCCUCAGUAUUGACAAGAGUGAAGAUCUGCUAGACAUCAAAGUUGAGGUGAAGCAGGAAGAAGAAGAGGCGUAUGUGACGGGGAUGAUCAGCAGUCUAUGGAGGAGGAUGGAUGAUAAUAACGGGGACAUUUAUAGAGGAGGACACACUCCUACAGAGAUCAGCACAGGUGGGUCA